AUGAAGUCCAACUUGGAUCUCGUGAACGAUACUGAUGGCUUCCCAUACGGGGACGGCCCCAUCACCAUCAACGGCCAAGUUCUCUUCACCCUGCUCUGGCGCGACGCCGGCGGCGAGUACCCCAUCGGCUACGUGCUCGACCGCGUCGUCGACGAGUUCGCCAAACUGCCCGAACAGCUGACCGGCCACAUGCAGGUGGACCGCACGGCGCGCACGCUGCGCAUGUUCCAAGCCCUCGCCACUGAGCCUGCGCGCACCGCCGCCGUCGCCGCGCUGACGCAGCACCUGCGCGAGCGCGACGUCUUCCCGCUGCUCCGGGGCUGGCGCGGCGAGCCGUGGCCGGUGCACGGGCGUCGGGGCGAGCUGCUGUUCAGCGUGGAGCGCGCGGCCGUGGGCCUGCUGGGCGCCGUGCGCUACGGCGUGCACCUGACGGCGUACGUCGAGGACGCGGCGGCGCCACACGGCCUGCGCGUGUGGGUGCCGCGCCGCGCCGCCGACAAGUCGACCUUCCCCGGCAUGCUAGACAAUACGGUCGCGGGCGGGCUGAUGACGGGCGAGGACCCGUUCGAGUGCGUCGUGCGCGAGGCCGACGAGGAAGCGAGCCUGCCUGAGGCGGUGGUGCGCGCAGGCACCACGCCCGUGGGCAUCAUCACGUACAUAUACGUUACCGACGGGCCCAACAACGGCGAGGCUGGCUUCGUCUACCCCGAGGUGGAGUGGGCGUACGAUUUGCGGCUGCCGGCGGACGUGGUGCCGCAGCCCAAGGACGGCGAGGUCGACGAGUUUUACCUCUGCGACGUGGACACGAUCAAGCGCGACCUGGCGGCCGGCGAGUACAAGACCAACUGCGGAGUGGUGAUGCUGGACUUCUUUAUUCGCCACGGCAUCUUGACGGUCGAGGAGGAGCCGCAGCUGGCCGAGAUUCAAAAGAGGAUGCGCAGGGAGCUGCCGUUCCCGGGGCCACACUGGGGCAACUGGUAA